CUGUUUUUGGAACGGGGAGUUGUACGGGACCAGCACAGACUCACUAGAUAAACUGUGACAUCAAACGAAGCUCUGGGAGAGACGGGUAGAGGGAAAGUUCAGAAAGGAUGUCUGUUAUGUAGGAAAAGAGCAGCGGAGGGAGAGAAAGCCAAGGGGAGCAUAGUCAAGAGAUGGUGAGGAGUUAAACUUGGAGGUGGGGGCUGGGGAGCUGGGCGCUCAUGUUUUUUGGGUUGUAAACUGAUGAGAUCAUAAGUGUUUUCAAGCAAGCAAAGGUGGGAGGGGAGGGGGGGAACAGCCUGAAGAAAUUUGACUUCUGGAGGAAAAAAGCCGGAGACGAGAACGAUGGAGCCCGUGAGCCGAUCCCUCUGGUGUCUGCUGUUACUUCUGCAAGAGACGCUGGUUUAUCCCUAUUCAGUCCCAGCCGAUGCCGCCAAUCUCGAGAGCGUGGUUGUGUCCGUGUUGAACGUUACAGCUAAAGCAGGCUCACAAACAGUGCUACAGUGCAAGAGUUACCGGAUGGUGUGGACCCAGGACCGGCUGAAUGACCGCCAGCGUGUGGUCCACUGGGAUUUGUACCGAAACCAAUACGAGGAUUACACCAGCGAGCGACUGUGCGACAUGUAUUCGGCUGGGGAGCAGCGAGUCUACAGUGGCUAUAACAAAGGCCGGAUAUUUAUGCCCGACACUGCGUUUGAAGAUGGCAAUUUCUCAUUGGUCAUUCGAGACAUCGCUGGGAGCGACCAAGGCAUCUAUUCCUGCAACCUCCACCACCAUUACUGCCAUCUCUACGAAACAGUGAAGAUCCAACUCGACGUCACCAAGAAAGUGAAAGAAGUGAAGAAAUAUUGGGAUGGGGAGAAGGUGGUGAUUGUGGGUCUGGAGGGAAGCACCGUGGAGCUCCCCUGCAUCAACCGAAAUCACAUCUGGACGGAUCGGUUCGAUGAGGAGGAUCAGCAAGUGGUCCACUGGGACCGGCAGCCGCCGGGCGUGCCUCACGAUCGGGCCGACCGCCUCAUCGACUUGUACGCCUCGGGGGAAAGGCGCUCCUACGGGCCUCUCUUCAUCCAGCAAAAGAUGAACAUUGCCGAAAGGGCCUUCAGCCAGGGAGACUUCUCCCUGAAGAUAUCUGGUUUGGAGGCCGCGGACAAAGGCACCUAUUCCUGCCACCUCCAUCACCACUACUGUGGCCUUCAUGAACGCCGAAUCUUCCAGGUGUCUGUCGUGGAGCCAGAACCGGAAAAGAAGGUGGUGAACAUCACCCGCCACAACGCACCGGCUGCAGAUCCCAACGCAGGCCGUGGACACAACGUGAUCAACGUCAUUAUCCCCGAGAGCCGGGCACAUUUCUUCCAACAGCUGGGCUAUGUCUUGGCGACACUCUUGCUCUUCAUCCUCCUCCUCAUUCUCGUCGUCCUCGUGACCCGCAAGCGUCGCAGGAGGGGUUUCGAGUACAACACGAAGAAAUGUGACGAGAAAGACAUGAAUCUCAGGGAGUUUACGGCCGACACAACUAAUUUGUCCAACUGCAAGAGUGAAGACAUUAAGCUGGAUUAUAAGAACAAUAUUGCGAAGGAGAAGGCCGAAUACAGCAACCAUUUCCCAGCCAAGAACAUCGAUUUAGACAAAGACUUCAGGAAGGAAUAUUGUAAAUGAAUGAGAGAACCCAACGCUCCUGGCUGGACCAGAAGCCCAAGCAGAAUCUAAACAAGCCAAAGAAAUUUUAUGACUUCACCUUUCCAGUUGCAAAAGAGCUCUCGGUAGACUUCCUCCCUCUCUUAGGGGAGCGAUCAAAGCAACGGAUGAAACUUCGAGUUACACUUUUCCUCUUUAUUAUCCUUUAAGACGAUCAUUUAUAAAAGAGGGGGAGAUUUUUUUGAGGGAUGGGGUGAGAUUUUUGUUUAACUUUUUUGCCUUUCUGACCCCUUUUCCCUCGUGAUUAUUUUGGUUUAAUUCACAUCAAUAUUUUGAAGGUUUGUUUUAAACUGACUUAAAAAAAAUAAUCUGGAAAAAAGGGCGCUUUGCUUUAUGUUAAACACAAAAAAACGGAUAUUGCGAUAUCUCUUACUGCGCUGACAUUUAAACAUUUUUCCCUAAA